CUGAGGGGGCCCAAGGCAGCGGCACACCGACAUGGCUUCGGAGCAGGACAUGCGUGCACGGCUGCAGCGUGUGGGCCAGGAGCACCUCCUGCGCUUCUGGGCGGAGCUGGAGCCAGGGCCGCGCGCCUCGCUGCUGGCAGAGCUGGAGUCGCUGGAGCCCCAGGCGCUGCGCGAGCACUGCCAGCGCGCGGCCGCGGCCUGUGCGCAUCCGCCGGGCCCGCCGCUCGACCUGGCCACGCGCCUGCGUCCCCUACCCCGUGAGCGCGUGGGCAGCGUGAGCCGGAGCGACGCGGAGAGGCGGCGACUCUGGGAGGAAGAAGGUUUCCGCCAGAUCGCCCUGAACAAGGUGGCCGUGCUGCUGCUGGCCGGCGGGCAGGGCACGCGCCUGGGCGUGACCUACCCCAAGGGCAUGUAUCAGGUGGGGCUGCCCAGCCAGAAGACUCUGUAUCAGCUGCAGGCCGAGCGGAUCCGGCGGGUGCAGCAGCUGGCCGGUGAGCGCCACGGAGUCCGCUGCACAGUACCCUGGUAUGUCCCCUCUGCACGACCUUGGCCCCAGAGUGGCCCCCGCAUGCAGCCCAGCUCUGCCCCAAACCAAGAUUUGAACCUCAAGCCCUGCACAGCGCCCAGCAUCCACUCAGACAGGCCUGAGGCCCCCACCCAGACCGGACUCGGAUGCCAGCCCCCCGUGGGAGCUCCUGAAGGCGGGCUCGGCCUCCCUUGUCCCGGCAGGUACGUCAUGACGAGUGAGUUCACUCUGGGGCCCACGGCGGAGUUCCUCAAGCGGCACGACUUCUUUUGCCUGGACCCCGACAACGUGGUCCUGUUUGAGCAGCGCAUGCUGCCUGUUGUGACCUUCGAUGGGAAGGCCAUCCUGGAGCAGAAGGACAAGGUUGCCAUGGCCCCAGACGGCAACGGGGGCCUGUACUGCGCGCUGGCGGAUCACCGGAUUCUAGAGGACAUGGAGCGCCGAGGAGUAGAGUUUGUGCACGUGUACUGUGUGGACAACAUCCUGGUGCGGCUGGCGGACCCCAUCUUCAUUGGCUUCUGUGUGCUGCAGGGCGCGGACUGUGGCGCCAAGGUGGUGGAAAAGGCUUACCCCGAGGAGCCUGUGGGCGUGGUGUGCCAGGUGGACGGAGUCCCCCAGGUGGUGGAAUACAGCGAGAUCAGCCCCGAGACCGCCAGCCUUCGCGGGCCCGACGGCGGCCUGCUCUACAACGCAGGGAACAUCUGCAACCAUUUCUUCACUCGAAGCUUCCUGGAGGAGGUCACCAGGAAGUUUGAGCCCUUGCUGAAGCCACACGUGGCCGUGAAGAAGGUCCCGUAUGUGGACGAGGAGGGGAAUCUGGUGAAGCCGCCAAAACCGAAUGGAAUCAAGAUGGAGAAGUUCGUCUUUGACGUGUUUCAGUUCGCUGAGCACUUUGUGGCCUUCGAGGUGCCACGCGACGAGGAGUUCUCCCCUCUGAAGAACGCCGACCCGGCUGACAGGGACACCCCUACCACGGCCCGGCAGGCCCUGCUCGCCCAGCACUACCGCUGGGCCCUGCAGGCCGGGGCCCGCUUCGUGGGUGCACAUGGGGCCCGGCUCCUUGAGCUGCCCGGCCUGCCCAGCAGUGGGGAGCCUCCAGCCAUCUGCGAGAUCUCGCCUUUGGUGUCCUACUGUGGAGAGGGUCUGGAGGUGUACCUGCAAGGCCGGGAGUUCCAGUCCCCAGUCAUUCUGGAUGAGAAAGGGGUCAGGGCACUGGGUCCCUGACUGGCUCCCAGACCAGCCAACCCCUGGGGUCCACAGGGAUGUGGAUGUGGCCCUGACCCGGGGCUCCAGGUUGGAAAGCCCACGGCUGCGACUUUCUGGACCAAGGGACACAGAGGGAGGACCCUGGUUCGCUCCUCCACUCCUGGUCUGCAGAGGGACUGUUCCCUCUCCCUGGCAGCUGACCCAGUAACUGGGAUGAGGCUGGCGCCAUAGGCCAGCCUGCCGGCUGAGGCCGACAGCAGAAACGGCCCGGCUUACCACCACAAAGGGCUGGCGGCACCGAGAGAAGCUCGACCUGCACACUGCGGCUGAAGUCUCCGCGUUGUGCCCGAGGCCUCGCCCCCUCUGUCCCGUCUGUGACUGGUGUAGACUGCUGAGUGUCCACGAAACAUAGUGGGACCUCCUUCAGUCAUUAACUGGAAUUUCGAUGGGGAGUGCCACCCUUUCUCCAGCCUGCCACCCUGAUCUUGGUGCUCACACCCCUUCCUACUCCUUGACAGGCAGGGGCACAGCCUCCACACUCGGCCAUGGCCCGCUCCCUGCCCCCCUGCAGCCUGGCCCAGAUUGGGGGAAGCCAGCAGGCCCUGUUCUCUUGUCCUGGCUUUGCUGCCCUGGGCCCCAGUGCCGCCUCCCCUUCUGGACACAGCACAGGGGCCUCUACCUCCCCACUGACGUGAAGAACAGCGUGCAGUGCGGCCUGCUGCUAGAUGGGGUUGCCUGCCCCUCCCCUGCGCUGCCCCCACAGCCUGCAGGGAGCCCACUGGUUUCCCCAGGGCAAAGGUGUUAUCAGGCCGGUGGGUACAGGUGCCACUGGUCCCUCCAGGGGCUUGGAGAAGACUCUUCCCACACUUCCUACCCUGGGUGUGAUGGCCUAGUCCGGCUGUGCCCAGGUCUCCCAGCUUGUAAACCUCAAAACCAAACUGUGUGCCUUAGGGUCUUCUUCCCAGCUGCUCCCGAGGCAAGCUGGGGGUCCAGGGCAGAGGCAGGGCCACCUGGUGGAGGCCCAGGCCAGGGUCCUGCCUGGAGUGCUCCUCGCCGGCAGAAUGGGAACGCCGCGCCAUCUCUUCUACGUAGUUUGCUGGGCAAACUAUUGAAACAGCUCACCUUUUAAAAACUUAUUUUCAAAUAAUUUGUAUCUUCAUAUAAAGUUUCAAACAGCA